AUGGGUCUUCUCGAUAUUGUUCCUACUGGUGUCAUUACUGGUCAAGAUGUCUUAAAGGUUUUCGAAUAUGCUCGUGAACAUAACUUUGCUAUUCCUGCCAUCAACUGUACUUCUACUAGUACCGUUAACGCUGCUCUUGAAGCUGCUCGUGAUAUUAAGUCCCCCCUUAUCAUCCAAUUUUCUCAAGGUGGUUCUGCCUACUUUGCUGGUAAGGCAUUAGACAACAAGAAUCAAGAAGCUUCCAUUAUUGGUGCUGUUGCUGGUGCCCAGUACGUUCGUUCUGUUGCUAAAGCCUAUGGUAUUCCAGUUAUUGUUCACUCUGAUCACUGUGCCAAGAAGCUCUUGCCUUGGUUCGAUGGUAUGCUCGCUGCUGAUGAAGACUACUUCAAGGCACACGGUGAACCUCUCUUCUCUUCUCACAUGUUGGAUCUCUCUGAAGAAUCUAAGGAAGAAAACAUUGAAAUCUGUCUCAAGUACCUUAAGCGUAUGGCUGCCAUUAACUGCUGGCUUGAAAUGGAAAUUGGUAUCACAGGUGGUGAAGAAGAUGGUGUCGACAACUCUGGUGUCGACAAUGCUGCUCUCUAUACCCAACCCGAAGAUAUCUGGGAUAUUUACAAGGCUUUCAAGGAAGUUUCUAACCUUUUCUCCAUUGCUGCUGGUUUCGGUAACGUUCAUGGUGUCUAUGCUCCUGGUAAUGUCAAGCUUCACCCUGAACUUUUGGGUAAGCACCAAGCUUACGUCAAGGAACAACUCAAGAACGAUGAUGUUAAGCCCGUCUUCUUUGUCUUCCAUGGUGGUUCUGGCUCCACUGAACAAGAUAUUGCUGAAGCUGUACAUAAUGGUGUUGUCAAGAUGAACGUUGACACUGAUACUCAAUGGGCUUACUGGGAAGGUCUCAAAAAUUACUAUGAAAGCAAGAGGGAUUAUCUUCAAACUCAAGUUGGUAACCCCGAAGGUGAAGGCAAGCCCAACAAGAAGUUCUAUGAUCCCCGUGUCUUUGUCCGUGAAGCCGAAAAGAGCAUGGUUAAGAGAGUUCAACAAGCAUGCAAGGACUUGGGUAAUGUCAACAGAUUGUAAAUAAAUUCCUUUUUUUAAACUAAAAUAUUGUGCUAAAAUGGCGUUCAUUCUAAUGAAAAAAAAAAUUCACACAUGUGUAUUAGUUCUUUUAAGCGUAAACAGAGUGAGCAUAUGAUGCAUAUAUAUUUAGAAUAAAGAAAAACUUGUUUA